UUUGUACCGUUUUAAAACUUUGGAUUAUUCAUCUUGGCCACUGCAUGUCCACGUGGUAUACAUUGUCAUGGAAACGUCGUGACAUCAGUUAUAAUUAAAGAUGAUACUUGUAGUGAUAUGUAACAGUAACAUACGUGUGUACUUAGACGAAUUCAUACCUUUUAUGUAGAACUAUAUUGAUGAUCGGCUGAAUCAUUGGCCUAUGACAUGUAGUUAGUAAACUGUGUUAUUUAACCCAAGUACAACCAUUUGUGUGAUUAGUAAUAAUACAUUUAAAUAACGUGAUUUAAUAUUAAAAGCAUAUCGAAAGUAUAAUUUUUAAUUAAAAAGUACAUUUAUGCAUGGAACAUUUUGUUUAAUUUUUAUUUUUUUAUUUUGAUUAGCUAUAAUAUGAACAAGCGUGUGUGCAGGGAAUUGUGCAUGGUAGGGGCCAUACUGGCAAGCGACGUUUUUAGAGGGUGGGGAUCCUCUGAAAAUACUUUUUAAAACGAAGUUUUAAUGAUUGAUAUUCAGCAGUAGGCCUAUUUUCAUGUCCCACCACUAACGACCAUAUAUGUAUGAUAUGCAAUAUAACAAUUUGAAUUUGCAUAUAUAAAUAAAUAAAUUAAUUAAUUAUUUAUUUAUUUUAUAUUCUAUUAUUGUAAAAAUAGCUGAUUUAUAAAUCUGUGCCCAUCGUGUGUGUUCACGUACAUCUGAUUCUGUGCUUACGUAAUUAAUAAAACUAAAUAAAACUCGAGGGUCUUUUUUAAGUUCUGUAACUUUUCCUGUUACCUUUAUAAAACUAUAAUUUAUAGGUGCAUAAAUUUGGCUGCUAUGUGAGUAGAAACACGUACUGUUAUUAAUAUCAACCAAUCGCGGCGUCCUUCCUUAAUACAGAUUUACCGGGCUGAGCGUUAAAAGUUAAUUCCAAGAAUUCCAUUCACCCUUUGGACAUAACGAAACCAGGAAAUAACCGGACACUGAUAGACUAUUUUGAAAAGACACUGUAAAUAAUUAAUCUUCCGUACACAAUCAUACCAAGUCUACAAUAUCCAAGGUUAACGGGUUCAGAUAUUUCUAAACAGAAAGGGUGUGUGUGUGGGCCAAACCCCGUGCAACUCAGCGCUUUGUAAUGUACACGUUUUGUUCGUUUCGUUGUCGUCAGCUGAUUACGGGGAAAUCCCAGGUAGCGUUCUAUUUUUAGACGGCGUACUGUUCAUACGCUGUUCAUUUCUUACCAACCAGUCAGAAUAGAAAUAGUAUAUAUAUUUUUAAUGGACACGUAUAUUAGUACUACGUCUGUUUGUAUUAAUUAAUGGUUUGAGUUAAUUACACUUGUCCACCUCAGCCAAACAGGACAUAUUUGUACACAAAUUACAGACAGAAAUUCAACCUUUGGAACAGGUUUAGAAAUCCUGCUUGGAGAAUUAACAAAGGGACACAAAAAGAACUCCCAAUGACUAUUGACUUGAAACAGCAAAAGGCAAACCUAUCUGGAAACAUGGAUUUUGUUCCAGAUCCCGACUUCUACAACUUACAAAGUGACCAUGCUUUACCCAGUGUUGAAGUAGCUGCCUAUGCGGCCAGUCCCAACUCAUUGUUCAUGUAUGAACAGGAAAAAUUUGACAUGCAGAAUUCAUUAAGUGGAUUGUGUGGAAACAACAACUGCUCAAGCAUUGAAAGUUUCACCCCGAUGGACUCGGAUUUCGACUUGAAUCCACAGUUUGAGUGCUCCAGCAUGGACCUGUCCUUGAUGACCAACCUAUAUGCAUCAUCAACAGCAUCCUCUCCAGACAGUUGGAACCCUGUGGCCGUAAAACUGGAGCCUGGUCUGAACGACAUGUUGUUCAAGCCGACAACGGGGCCAACAUUGGCCGAACUCAACAUGGAGGAAUCACUGCUGGACGAUUCUGCGAACACCGAAUCUGGAUUUACCGUGUCCAAGAACAGAACAGUGAACGAUGGUACCUCGGUGUCGUCAACGGUAUCGUCUACCGCCAGCGUACCGCCAUCUUGUGUCAGCAGUACCUCUUCGUCACCACACUUCAGUAACUUGCUGCCAAGUGUUCCGAAGUGCAGUUCGUGGAACGUGCGCGGCACAAAAUCCAGUUGCACGAAGGACCGAUAUUGUCCGUCAAGCUCAACAGUUCAGAGUCCCGAAUACGAUGACAAGACGGUGCUGCACACACUGUUGCAGCUUGGCAGACCGACAGGUUUACCAUCUACACAGACUCAGUCAGGUUCAUCUGACCCUUCAAGUUCUCAGUCAUUGGCAUCAGUGGGUCCGACAAACUGCCGGAUGCCCAUGGCGACCAUGGGACAGACCCAGCCCUAUCCACAGACCUCGGUGAAGCACACGCACGCCAACGCACGGACCUCGGUCGGGUUAAGUCGGUCUGCUAAAGUUUCAGACAUUGAUCAUGAAACUGUGGAGGAAAAGUGGAAAGAAAUUGAGAAAUUCAUUCACGAACCUGUUGCAAGUCCAUCGUCGUCAACGUCAACAACGCAGAGUAAAAGAAGUCGAAACUAUUCUGGCAGUUCAGCGAUUACCUCUGGUGACGAUGUUGACUCUGACAAUGACGAUGAUGGUGACGAUGCAUACAGUGAAAAAGAUUCCGACCUCGAUGAUGACAUCUCCGAUGAAGAAUCUGAUCAGUUUUCUCCUUUGGAAGAGUCCCUUCCUGGAAGUGGCAAGAAAAAGGUGAAGCAGUUCUUCUGGCAAUACAACGUCCAAUCAAAAGGGCCGAAAGGAACUCGGCUUCGAUUGGCUCUCAACUCCUCCAAUCCGCACGUGCUGAGUAACUUUGAAGAUCCAGUGUUUGACCCAACCAACACGGUCGUGGCAGGCAUUCGCCAUGGUGGUAAAGCAAGGAAGGGUGAUGGCAAUGACAUUCAGGCCAACCCAAAGAAACUCUAUCAGAUUGGUCUCCAGAUUCGCCGUCUGAACCGGCAGAUUAACGAGGUGUCCAUGGGCAGUGAGGCAUCCUCUACUCAGAAGAACAAGUCGAGGAAGGAGAAAAACAAGCUGGCGUCGAGGGCGUGUCGCCUCAAGAAGAAGGCUCAGCACGAAGCUCACAAAGUGAAGUUGUACGGGCUUGAGUGUGAACACAAACAGCUCAUGGGAGUUCUGAAAUCCAUACGUUCAGACUUGAGGCGGCAUGUUUUUGACCCAAAACCUAAAGCCACGCCUGAGGUUUCACUUGCGAAAACAUUGGAACUUUACAUCCAGAAACAUCUCAACUGUAUGACCGCUGGUAACACAACAGAAUAUGUUAAUACUGUGAUCCGGAAGGUUGGUACCGGAGAUCCUACCGGAGGGUUGAACAUCUCAAAGAAAUCAAAGUGAUUUGUCGGCUACACCACAACAAGGUGCUGAUAGAAAGAAGAACGAAUCUCGCCCAUUCUCAGAUUCAUACAUUUACAACAAUGUGAUUGGAAUAGUUGCCAGAUUCUACUGCUUGGAACAUCUGCUGCAAUGUGGAUGCUCGAUUGUGAUACCAGUUAAAAUCACCACACUGUGGUACUGGAUAACUUGCCACAUUGUGGUACUGGAUAACUUGCCACAUUGUGGUACUGGAUAACUUGCCACAUUGUGGUACUGAAUAAAAUUGUCACAUUGUGGUACUGGAUAACUUGCCACAUUGUGGUACUGGAUAACUUGCCACCUUGUGGUACUGGAUAACUUGCCACAUUCUGCUGCUGGAGAAAUUGCCACCUUUUGCUGCUGGACAUAUUGCCACAUUUUGAUACUGCAUUAAUUGCCACAUUAUCAUACUGGAAAAUUGGCCACAUUCCUCACUGAAAAAAAUGGCCACAUUACCAUAUAAAUAAAGUGUCACAUGGUGGAACUGGAUUAUUUAUCACAUCCUAGUAAAUGGCCCCAUUUUACUGGCUAUAGAUGUUGGUGAAUAAAUAGUAACUAUACACCAUUCUGCCAGUACUGAAAAAUCUGCAAUAUUAGGCAUGCAAUACUGGACAUGAUGACAGUGCCAGCCAGUGGUUCUUCAACAGACACAUUAUUGCCAGUCGAAGAAAUACGGGAAAAACAGUUGCCACAGUAUAAUAUUGAUGGUGCGAAGACUGGAUGGUGUCCCACACAUUUACUUAAACAGUGGUUAAGAAGUAAGACUAGUGGAAAACUAGAGACAGUUGCCAAUGUCAUGACUAGAAGAAUAAGAGGACAAAUUUUCUGUUUGAAAUGGAUAAAGAAACUUUCAUAUUGCCACAGUUUUUGAGUGGCAAAAGAAAAAAAAGAGUUACAAAUGGCUACAGGGUUUUUUAACUGGUGGAAAAAUAAAUACAUUGCCAAUGUUCCUGAAUGGUGAACAGAGUUUUUUUAACCGGCAGAAAAAGUUACAAAUGGCUACAGUUUUAACUGGUGUAAAAACUAAAUACAUUGCUAUUGUUUCUGAAUGGUGGACAAACUGUCAAAGCCAUUGUUUUUGAAUGGUGGACAAACUGUCAAAAUGAUGUGUGCUGACGAUCGUCUGCAGUCUACUGUAUGUUAAACUCUGCUUUCAGAAUUAAACUCUGCUUUCAGAAUUAAGCUGUAGUUCAGAACUGGACUAACUGCUAUGUUGUUGACAUUGACAGUGGUUUCUUAACUAUUAUGCCACAUGGUGGUAUGCCUAUCUGUGAUGCAAAGACAUGUCUGUUCUUUAAUUUAAUAAAGAAAACCUGUUGACUAGGUCAGAUGUGGAGAACCUGUGAAUGAAAGCUUUAAAAUUUCUUAUUUCAGAAAAAAUUAUAUUCUCAUGCUGAUUUAUUGUUAUUCUCAUACUGUCUCUGUUACAUAUGUAUAUUGCUUCAACUGUGGAUAAAACGGUUUGAAUAAUAACAUUCUAAAACAUGUACAUCGUUGUUAAUUUGUUUUUGUUUUUCUAAGUGGCAACCAACUUGUCAGAUAUUUCUAUUUUUGAAAAUAUUUGGCAUAAAAAUCAGUUGAAAUAAUGAUUAAUAUUUUAUUAAGAAUUACCAAUAUACAAUACUUUUUUAAUAAAAUAAUUGUUGUGCAAAUAUAUGUCCAUUUAUACCUAGACUUAAACUUUAUGUUGUUGGGUAUUGGUAGUAGAGAGUUCAAGAUUCUGCACACACUUAUAGUUCAUUCAUAUACUUUAUAUGUUUAAUAAAGUCAUGAAUUUCACACUU